AUGAGUAAAUCCAAGACUGCGAACGCAUUUUCACCAUUAGCCCUUUAUAAUUUGGUAUCUGCAGCCGGAUGGGCGUACAUUUUGUAUACUGUUAUUGCGUGGUACCCUGCAUUAGGCCAACCAGAAUUCUAUUACAAGACUAAAAAUAUUGUCAUUUUGAUUCAAUGUGGUGCAGUGAUCGAAAUCUUGAACUCAGCUCUAGGUAUUGUUCGUUCACCAAUCGUAACCACCGCAGCUCAAGUUUUAUCCAGAUUACUCGUUGUGAUCGGUAUUUUCCAAUUGCUUCCUGAAACACCUGCUACUGGUUCAUUAGCUUAUGUUACAUUAUUAACUGCAUGGUCUAUUACAGAAGUCGUAAGAUACCUUUUCUAUUUUUUCACUUUGUCAUUCAAGGCAGGUCCUCCAACAAUUUUGUUGUUAUUAAGAUACAAUUUGUUUUGGGUAUUAUAUCCAACCGGGGUAGCCAGUGAACUAACGCUGAUCUAUAGUUCAUUACCAAUUGCUGAAUUGAAAUACUCGGUGUAUGCAAAAUAUGGUUUAAUCUUCUCAAUGUUGACAUAUUUACCAGGUUUACCAAUGUUGUUCUCACAUAUGGUCGUUCAAAGACGCAAAGUGAUGAAAUCGUUAAGAGAUGGAAAAAUAUCCCAAAAGAAGGAUUGA